AAUACCCUAUAAUUAGUCUCCGUUAUUUAUCUUGGGUCUGCUCUACCGCUAAGAGGCCAGGCAAACCCUACUGCCAAGCAAGAAUUGACUCCAAGUAAAGGCACAAUGAUGAGGAAUUUUAUCGUAGUUGUGAAUAUUCUGGCAUUAACUCUGCCCUUUUUGUGCCGUGAGAAGAAUGACGUAGUGUAUGAUGAGCAAAGAGUCCUGUACACACCAGUCCGCUCCAUCCUGAAGCUCAAUCCUUAUGAACCUAAUUACUACCACUACAGGUCAUCUAUGCUUGUUAGCCCAUACAUGUACUACCCACUUGUUAGACUACUUCUGCUUAGGUCUCCAGUCCCAAUCUCCAAAUGGCAGCCAAUGCCAAAUUUCCCCCAGCCUGCUGGAGUCCCUCAUGUCAUUCCAAGCCCAUCCUUUCUUGCCAUGCCUACAACUGAAAAUCAGGAUAACACUGCCAUUCCAACCAUCGACCCCAUUACUCCCAUUGUAUCCACACCAGUUCCUACAGUGGAGUCAAUGGUAAAUACUGUGGCCAAUCCUGAAGCUUCCACAGUGUCUAUCAAUACCCCUGAGACUGCCACAGUCUCAGUGUCCUCAACUGCAGCGUAAAACGCGAAGGAAACAUUGAAGAAGACAAUAAAGGUCUGAAACCAAAUUUCAACUUCAAACUCCUUCAGGAGAAACUCUGCCAUCAUUCAAGAGAAAAAGCAAUUUUCACAAAUUCAGAUCUUUCUCUCCUUCCCUUACAUUUUACAUUAACGCCACAGUUAAUUUCGUUUUUUGAUUCUUAAAGAAUAAAGUUAAUGAAAUGCAAUUAACACAUUUUAAACAUUA